AUGCCAGUCUCGCAAACAUCGUCACGCACAUCUACCCCACACAAUGGGGAUAGAGCGAUGCAGAUGGACGAUGAGUCCACACCAGCAAGAGCUCCAAUGGAUCCAGCGAUGAGUAAGUAUCACAUAGUCUGGGAUAAGACUAUCUAUGACAGCAACUAUUACAUAGUAGACAUACUAGUAGACAAGUUGUAUGCGCAAACGGCGGACGAUCCCAUUGACAUCAAAGCGUUUCACAAACUGCGCAAAGAAGUCCAUGAACAACAACCCAAACGUUUAGUUUCAAUAAUAGAUGAGUGGUUAGUAGAACUAUACAAUAAAGCGAUGAAGAACUGUGACAAAAGUGAUCACGAUGAGUGCAUUGCGAUCAGUGGCUGUAUGAACGAGUUAACUCUAAUUAGAUGUCACGAAGGAGUCAAAGCUUCAAAACCAGAACUGAACAAACUACUCAAGAUGAAUGUGUUCCUUAAAUGGCCAAUAGGCAAACAGAUCAGCAUGGCCGAUUGUCGUGAUACAAUUCAGUUUGUAUCUGUAGCCAAAGACUUGUUUGCGGACACAUACAUGCCAUUGAUACAGUACCUCUCACUAGUACAAGAACUACUCAGACAGACAGAUGCCACUGAAGUAUCGCGCACUGCACUCAACAAUAUACGUAGUACCAAACAACUUUGGCAAGACUUCACUGAUGUGGAGGACUACAACAUAUUAAUCGUUGACAAUCUACGUCGCACUCCAGUAGACUACCUACUGGAGAAGUGGCUCAACGACUUCUAUGACACUCGUAUGAAGGUCGAAGUACGAGUAGCACGGCUACGUCGCACAAUGUUUGAGUUGGAGAAACGUUACAAGGGCACAGAGCGAGAGGCUAUCAAUUGGCAACUCCUCAAAGCACCACGUUACCAGGUACUGGCCAUGUACGGUUUACAAGCAGAAACAGACAAGAUAAUUAAGGCUCAAACAAAACCAGACGGGAGUAGUGGACACUUAUCUGACAUCUCAGAGAAGGGGUUCCACCCAGAGGGGGAGGAGUACCAAGAGGUGGAGGCCCACCAAGGGGUGGAGGUCCACCAGGAGGGCAAGGCAGAGGUCGUCCCAUAG